GCGCUCGUCCACUUCGCGCUCGGCGGAAUCAUGUGCGCACGGCCCGAGCUUCUCUACCAGCCGUUCCCGCCAAACGCGAUCUUGCGUCCUUUCUUCGACGCGCCGCCGGAAGUCGAGAGGCCGCUGUCCGCCGAGAUGGAGGUCAUGCUGCGAUUCUGUGGCGGCUUCGCCAUCAUACUGGGCUGCGCGCUCUUCACAGUCAGGUGGAACACGCUCAACGGAAAGCUGACCGGCCUCGGCUUCUGCGGUGCGGGCGCGAACCUGGCACACGCCACCUUCGCCGUCCUCGAUCACGAGGUGCUGGUCCCGCGGCCCUUUUACCUCGUCGCCGCCUGGCUCGCCCUUACCGGCGUCAAGCUCAUGUUCUUCGCCAACCCGAUGCUCAAGACGGUGCCGGCGACGAAGUACGCCUGAAGUGCGCCUCAAGCCUGCUGGUGGGGCAGUUCCACGGCAGCCGAUGUCGAUCCGGCGGGGCCAAACUCCCGGCCGUCCGCGGCGCGAGACACACACACGUCAACCACACACCCAGCUACCCAGCCAGCCACGGCAAGUUGGCAUGAUUAAUCUUGGUUGGCGUCUCGUAAGCGAGCUCUCGCUCGUUUGGUUGUCGUUUCUCCAUCUCGCGCGCUCGCGUGCGCUCGAGCCCCCAUCCGCUAU